AUGAAGCCAUUCACUUGGACUUUAGUCUCGAGCUUUGCGCUCUCAGCGGCUGCUGGACCAAUCCCUGAUGAACUCAAGCUCUACUUGAACAACAGAGCUGCCACGGUCACUACCCAAGACGUCUCCAACUUCGACUUCUAUGCCCAAUACGCCGCCGCCGCAUACUGCAACACAGAGGUUGACGCAGGCACACCUAUUGCCUGCUCAGACGAUGCUUGCCCCAUUGUCCAGUCGAACGGCGCAGUUGUCACAGCCACCUUUGCUGGCGUUGCGACCGACAUCCAAGGCUUUGUGUCCACCGACGCUAAGAAGAAGGUGAUCACGGCAUCAUUCCGCGGCUCUCACUCCGUACGAAACUGGAUCACAAAUCUCGUCUUCGUCCAAGAACUGUGCGAUCUGACCACUGGAUGUCUCGUUCACACCGGCUUCCUCGCUGCCUGGAAGGAAAUCUCCAGCCCAGUGCUGACUGCCAUUGCUGCGGCAAAGAAGGCUCACCCGGACUACAGCAUUGUCUUCACCGGCCACUCCCUGGGAGCUGCCAUCGCCACUCUCGGAGCUGCCUACGUUCGCAACAAGGGCUACGCCAUCGACAUCUACGGAUACGGUAGCCCGCGUGUUGGCAACAAGGAGUUCGUGGCGUAUGUGACCGCUCAGGCCGGUGCCGAGUACCGUGUCACCCACCUGGACGACCCGGUUCCCCGUCUGCCCCCGAUCAUCCUCAAUUACCGCCACACCACUCCCGAGUACUGGUUGUCUACCGGUGACGCCACCACCACCGAGUACACCGCCAGCCAGAUCAAGGUCUGUGAGGGCUACUCCAACAUCGCCUGCAACGCCGGGACGCUGGGACUUGAUGUAGAUGCUCACAGCUACUACUUCCAGGCCAUCGCCGGCUGCAGCCCCGAUGGCACCCCUCUCAAGAGGCGAGACGGCGAGGAUGUCAGCGAUGAGGAUCUUGAGAACCAGCUCAAUGACUACGUGUCGCAGGAUGCUGAAUAUGUCGCCAACAACCUCUCUGGCGAUGUAUGGGCUUAA